AUGAUUGUGUCCAAUACGAUACCGGCAAAAAACCUUAGCGUUCUGUACGAACAGCCCAUGAAGAAUGUGGUUGGUGAAGAUCAGAAAGAAGACUUGGCUAGCAGAAUUGCAAUAUUCGGUCACGAAGCCGAGAAGACGACUACAAAAGCUCCAACAAGUACGGUGGCAUUACACACAUCGACGACGUCAUUGCCAUCUUCAGCGAGUACAGCUCCAACACGCACAGCGACUUUGGCAACACCGACAAAAGUGGUACCAGUAUCAACAACAUCAGUACUGACAUCGUUAGUCACAGCCCCCGUGAAUGCCACUACAGUACAUUCUCCAUCGACAACGGCACCGACAACGUCACCCGCAACAGCACUAGCGAGCACUGCUACAGCACAGGCCUUGACAACAACAACAUCCAUCUCAACAGCUACGUUGACGACUUCGACGGCUGCAGUUCUCACAAACAGCUCUACUGCAGCGACUGUGAUAACUGAGCAGCCUGCUUCGACUCCGAUCAGCGAAUUUCCGACGAGUCCCAGUACAGUACCGGUGUCGACGGCUACACAGCCUGCUUUGACUUCUACGAGCUAUGUUCCAAUAAGCUUCAGUACAGUACCGACAUCUACAGAAACCCCUUCGGUGACCGCAUUAUCGACCUCGAUGACGGCAUUCCUGACAAACACCACUACAGCACAGGCCUCGACAAGUGCAUUGCUCGAAUCCACAAGCACACUGCUAUCCAGUACAGUAUCGGGUUCAGCAACUACAGAAACUACUUUAACGCCUAAGGCUUCUACAUUAACGACAUCGGCGGCACCCCUAACAAACACUACUGCAGCAGAAACCCAUACAACUGCACCUCUCGAAUCGACAAGCACACUGCAAUCCAGUACA